AUGACACUUAGCAAGGAAGUACUGCAGAGCCAGAGACCUUUGUCAGGCUGUUACUCUUUGCUCGGGAAAGCAGCAGAAGCAGGGGCGAACAGUGCUAGGGGGUGUCGACCCAAGACAACUAAAAGUGCGCUUCCGGCUACUACUGGGGCUUACGGUCCUAAGACGAGCCAGAAGUCCAACACGGCUACAACUGGGGCUUACGGUCCUAAGACGAGCCAGGAAAAGUCCAACACGGCUACAACUGGGGCUAACGGUCCUAAGACGAGCCAGGAAAAGUCCAACACGGCUACAACUGGGGCUAACGGUCCUAAGACGAGCCAGGAAAAGUCCAACACGGCUACAACUGGGGCUAACGGUCCUAAGACGAGCCAGGAAAAGUCCAACACAGCUACAACUGGGGCUAACGGUCCUAAGACGAGCCAGGAAAAGUCCAACACGGCUACAACUGGGGCUAACGGUCCUAAGACGAGCCAGGAAAAGUCCAACACAGCUACAACUGGGGCUAACGGUCCUAAGACGAGCCAGGAAAAGUCCAACACGGCUACAACUGGGGCUAACGGUCCUAAGAUCAGUCAUGGGGAAUCCAAAACGGCUGGGGCUUAUGGUCCCUACCAUAGUCUGGAAUCAGGGGCAACCUAUGAGAAAUUCUCAGCCAAACAUGACCGGACACUGUAA